ACACACACACACACACACACACACACACACACACACACACACACACACACACACACACACACACACACACACACACACACGUAUCUGUUUGCUUCGAGACAGUGUCUUUCACAACUUGAACCAGAUAUCAUUUGUACUUAUGAGAAAUAGUGUUGUGAGUGACACACUGAGGUGAUAAAACUGAUUACUGAAAAAGUUUUUUGAAGACAAGAGGUCAAAGUGUGAAAUGUCCAUAGUAUAAAAUGAUGUAUGUGGUUACGGAGAACGUUAUUCCUGUGUUCAUCCUGUUCUGACCACCACCAACACCAACGCCAACCCCACCACCACUACAGCAGCACCGACGAAAGAGGCACCAGAUACCAGUGCUGUCACGCGGCACAGCAGAACACCAGCACAAUGACUGGCUUCAGGCUGCUGUCUUUCCUGGGAACCCUGGCCGUGGUAGCGGCGACCCACGUCAAGCCAGGAACUCAGGUGGAGUGCGGGAACAUCUUUACGGAGAUGGGAGGUCGCUGUGUGCGCAUUGAACUCAUCACCAUCGGCACAUGGAUUGGUUUACAAAAUUUCUGCGAGUUGAUUGGAGGUAACCUGGUCAAUCUUUCAGACGUGCAGUUCUACAGUGAUCUGGUCAUGUACCUUGAAAACUUAAAUGUGAAAAAGAGCUUUUGGAUCGGUGCCAGAGACGUCAAUGUAGUUGAGGGCUUGUGGAUGUGGAUGGAUGGGUCUGCCACCAGGAUGGGCACCCCGUUUUGGGCCAACUAUGGAGAAAACAAUGACCAAACGCCGGAUGGGGGAACAGCUCAAAACUGCGCCUUCCUUGAUGCAGAGAUGCAUUAUUAUUUCAAUGACGCAUCCUGUGAGGAUUCCUUCUUUCAUGCUAUAUGCGAAAAACAAAAAACCGAGUUCCCGUAAAUAAUUUCUUCAUAAUUUUUAUAAGCAGUUCUUUGCAUUUAUUGUUUUUAAUCUUUAUUAUUGGUUUAUUGUAUAUUUUUCGUUAUUUAUGUUGUUUAUUGUUUAGAUUUUAAAGACAUUCUCUAAGUAAAAGGUAAACGGAACAUAACAGCUUUCCAUGCCCUAAGUAAGCCAAUCACAACAAUGACAUGUAAGAAACUCAUCAAUCUUGUCAAAUAUACUGGAAUCUUG